GAACGUUAGGGUGACGUUGCAUUGGGCGACGCGGCGGCAAAGUAAAGAUGGCGGAGCCGUCGGGCACACAGCUGUCAGAAGAGAAAGGAGCAGAAAUGGAGCUUAAGAAAAGACAGAGACGACCGUGGGAGGAUUUGCACAAGUCGGGAAGACUCGACCUGAGUGCCGAGCUGCCGGAAACGCUGGGCUUUUACGACAUAAGCGCUGCGAGGCGGGAGCAGCGGGAGCCCUGCGCAGACCCAUCCCUGACACGUUUCAUUUGCACCGAGCUCACCAGAGGGUACUUCCUGGAGCACAAUGAAGCAAAGUACACUGAGCGCAGAGAGAAGAUUUAUACGUGCAUGCGUAUCCCCAAGGAGCUGGAGAAGCUCAUGCUCUUCGGCUUCUUCCUGUGCGUGGACGCCUUCCUGUACGUCUUCACCCUGCUGCCUCUCAGGGUGCUCCUGGCCCUGCUGCGUCUCCUCACGCUGCCGUGCUGUGGUUUUAGGGCACGCACAUGCCCCUACUGCAAAAGAAGCAGUGGGUCGCGGCUGCUGCAGCCAGCGCAGGUGUGUGAUAUGCUGCGGGCCCUCAUCCUGGUGCUUUGCUUCUCCAUGAUGCAUUACGUAGAUUACUCCAUGAUGUACCACAUGAUCAGAGGGCAGUCUGUCAUCAAACUCUACAUCAUCUACAACAUGUUGGAGGUCGCAGACCGCCUCUUCUCCUCCUUCGGUCAAGACAUCCUAGAUGCACUCUACUGGACGGCCACAGAACCCAGAGAACGGAAAAGAGACAGUAUAGGAGUCAUCCCUCAUUUCAUCAUGGCUGUUUUAUAUGUCUUCCUCCAUGCCAUCCUCAUCAUGGUCCAAGCCUCCACUCUGAACGUUGCCUUCAACUCCCACAACAAGUCCCUGCUGACCAUCAUGCUGUCCAACAACUUUGUGGAGAUCAAAGGAAGUGUGUUCAAGAAAUUUGAGAAGAACAAUUUAUUUCAAAUGUCCAACAGUGAUAUCAAAGAGCGGUUCACCAGCUUUGUCCUGCUUCUCAUCGUGUGCCUCAGGAAUAUGGAGCAGUUCUCGUGGAACCCAGACCAUCUAUGGGUGUUGUUACCUGAUGUCUUAAGAGUCAUCGCCUCUGAAAUUGCUGUUGACAUCAUCAAACAUGCUUUCAUCACCAAGUUCAACGACAUUACUGCCGACGUGUACAGUGAGUACAGAGCUAGUUUGGCCUUCGAUCUUGUCAGCAGUCGGCAGAAAAAUGCUUGUACUGAUUACAGUGACUCAGUGGCUCGGAGGAUGGGCUUCAUCCCUCUGCCUUUGGCUGUUCUGCUCAUUCGCGUAGUGAUGAGUUCCAUUAAGGUCCAGGGAGCGCUUUCAGUCACCUGCGUGUUCCUAUUUUAUCUCGGGUUGGUAACACUUAAAGUGUUAAACAGCAUUGUGCUGCUGGGAAAGUCAUGUGUUUACGUGAAAAGGGCAAACAUGGAGGAUAAACUAAAUGAGAAGCCCCCGACUGCUCCAUCGUCCUCUGCAAAGACCCCCAGUAAAGCUGAGCAAGCCAAAUGUCGCACACCUUCAGGGGACGCCACGGUGGAGCAGAUUCCUGUCACACCCUGCAGAUCACCAUCCUCCUCCGUGACCACCCAGCCAACUCCCAGGACGGAACUGUUUCCUCCUCCCUUCCCUGACACAUCUUCAGUACCAAGGAGCCGCCCAAUGACUCCACCACCUGAAACUGAGCAAAACACGUCCUUACUCUCUGAGGAGGAGGAGGAGGCACAAGCAGCUUCUGAACCGAAGCAAAGGACUAACAACAAAGACCUACUGGAGAUCGACCGUUUCACGAUCUGCGGUAAUCGCAUUGACUGAGCAGCUGCUACUGCUGUUGUAGCAAAUAACCACUCAGGAAAGACUAAGAGCAAAGACUCUCCUGGUCCAACGCAGCAGAGAGCUAUGUAUUUAUUACAGCCACUGGCAACACAGUCAGUCACAGCAACCGCGGAAACACAGCAUGAGACGAUGCUGCAGCCGCUGUUCAGGUUCGACAAAGGAAACUUCAGCUGGCUUAAAGUGCAGGAGUGAGAGUGAGCGUGGCAGCCCAGUCACAAUGAGCUGCCACGAGUGGAAGUGAUAUUGUGAUGCAGUAUUUAGAAAGAAUGUGUGAGCACACAAGCACUUCCUCUAAGCAGCACUGAGAUCAGAAGGAGACGUUUCUAACUUCACUCUGCAGCCACAAAAAAAGAAGACAGGCAACACAAACAUUAUGAAUUACAUCUAGUUCCUUUUUCUAAGCACAAGUUUCUUUCAGGUCUAACGUCCCUUAAAUGAAUCUGGUUAUUGAAAGCAAAUGCAACUACUUUUUUUUGGCUGAACUGUAGUCAAAAACCAACAACUGGUAUUAAAGUGUUCCCAACUCACAGCCAACAGUCAUUUUAACCGACACAAUGUCUUAAGUGACUGAAAGGCUUGAUUAAAAAGGACCUGGUUUAUAGAAGCUGAAUGUGAAACAACCUGCUCCUUCGACCAGUUUGCAGAUUUGAUACUUUUUACAGCCUUAAAUUCCUCUGCGUUUAGGACACAGUUGUAAAAAUACUGUGUAUUAGGGAAAAUUCAAAUUCAUUUAAUAUCUCUUCAAAACAGAUAGUCGUUAACAUUAACGGACCUCAAUUUGCCUGGAGGGAAUAAUAUCAUAACACAUUCUCCAAUAAGUAACAGGAGUCGAACCUUUUUUACUUUGGAUGUGAAUGUUUGCACUGAUGGACCUUACUUACACAGGCCAUGUUUCUCAAUCAAUGUUCUAGUAAUAUUAUAGUACUUACAUUGUAGAUGAAUUGAAGCAAUAUUUUCAAAGUCAAAAUGCCUUUUUUGCGUUGUUUACAUCUAAUUAUUGGCCUUGUGGAGUUCUUUCUACUUUACGUUUAAUGCCGUGAAAUAUAUAUAUAUAUAUAAACACAAUACCUGCCCUGAUAUGUAACAGGUUUCAUUUGAGUAUAUACUGUUAUUUAAAAUGAACAGAAUGUAUUAAUUUUUUUUCAAGUUAUAAAAUGUUAUUUAAAGUCAGGGAGCCAAUAUUAUUAACAUUAAAGGUUAAAUACCAUGGUAGCUGAUGUAGCACUUUAUGGUUCCUGCCAAAUACACAACGUUCUACUUUCAUUAAUAUUCCAUUGAUAUAACCUUGAAUUUGUGCAGGACAUACAAAUAUUAUAUUUUAUGGUUGAUUAUUAUUUUUCCUCUCUAAUGCUAUGAUCUUCUCAAUUUGAGAGUUUAAGGGUUCUUUUGUUUUGUCACUAUCUCUAUUCCAACACAUGAACAUAUUUAAGUUUUGGUUUAGUUUAGUUUCACUUUAAGCAGAAGGAAGAUGUAUAUAAUAUUUACACAUAUCAGCACUGAUUUCAUUCCGUUGUGACAAUGAUGAUCAUGAUGUUCAUUACUAAUGUAAUAAGGAUGAUGGUUCUGUUUUUGGAGCUGCCUGUUAUAUCAUAAUAUUUUUGCGCAUGACAUCUGACUCUAUUGCUUGUGAUUUUGCGGAACGCCUCGUCUCCACUGGCCGGAGCCCAGCCUCGUUGUGGAGAAGCACAACUGGACCCUGCUGAGCACAACUGUGCUGAUGGAGAUGAGGCAAAAGUGUUCUUAUGCAAGCUGUGAUGGUCCUGUACACUGCCUGCUUUGUCCCAUCAGUUGGUCCCUUGGUUUAUUUUCAAAACUUUGAUUGUCUGAGGUUUUGAAGAAUAAAAGUUGGUUUUGUUAA